CCCCCGGCGUUGGGCGGUCAUUGGCGGCGUGAUCUCGCCGCGGUUCCGCGGCCCUGCUGCCGCAGCCGCCUCUGCUAGCAGAGCGCAUCCGGCGGGCCGGCCCAGUGACCAUGGAGGGCGCCGAGGACGGACCGGGCCAGCAGCCGGAGCUCGACGAGGACGAAGCAGCGUAUUGCCGGCGCUGGGGCGCGCAGCACGCCGGGGCCCGCGAGCUGGCCGCGCUCUACUCGCCAGGCAAGCGCUUCCAGGAGUGGUGCUGUGUGGUCCUGUGUUUCAGCCUCAUUGCCCACAACGUGGUCCACCUCCUGCUGCUGGCCCGCUGGGAGCACACGCCCUUCGUCAUGCUGGGUGUCGUUGCAGGGGCUCUCAUUGCUGACUUCUUGUCUGGCCUAGUGCACUGGGGAGCCGACACUUGGGGUUCCGUGGAGCUGCCCAUUGUGGGGAAGGCUUUCAUCCGGCCGUUCCGGGAGCAUCACAUCGACCCAACAGCCAUCACACGCCAUGACUUCAUCGAGACCAAUGGGGACAACUGCCUGGUGACACUGCUGCCCUUGGUGAACAUGGCCUAUCAGUUCCACACCCAGAGCCCUGAAGCCCUGGAGCAGCUGUACCCCUGGAAAUGCUUCGUCUUCUGCCUGAUCAUCUUUGGCACCUUCACCAACCAGAUUCACAAGUGGUCGCACACGUACUUUGGGCUGCCGCGCUGGGUCAUCCUCCUGCAGGACUGGCAUGUCAUCCUGCCACGUAAACACCAUCGAAUCCACCACGUCUCACCCCACGAGACCUACUUCUGCAUCACCACAGGUUGGCUCAACUACCCUCUGGAGAAGAUGGGUUUCUGGAGACGCCUAGAGGACCUUAUCCAGGGCCUGACGGGCGAGAAGCCUCGGGCAGAUGACAUGAAAUGGGCCCAGAAGAUCAAAUAACGCCUCCAGCCUGCCACCUCAUUGCCAACCUUCCUUGGCCUCCCCAAACCGAAGCCAUCUGCCAAAUUCCAGCCUUCCUCGUGCUGGCCCCUCCAUGUGGAGAGGACGCCUCCUGAGCUGGGCCUGGGCACCCCCAGCCCACCCUUUGUGACACACAAUACUUGAGCCACUGAUUUUUCAUUUCCCUUUUUUUUUCCGUUUCCUUUCCUCAGCCCCCUCCUUAGUUACCUGAGCUGCUCUGUCUGCCAAGCCUGACUGCAGAAAAAGGAGCCCUUUGGGUAGAGGGGAAGUUCACCCACUCCCCACACUCUGACCUCCCCUAGCCCCACUGGGCAGCCCUUCCGUGUGGCUGGUGUUAAGGCCACUAAUCCUCUUGUCUGUCCCUCCUUGUCUUCUCCCAGUGGUCUAGGAGCCCCUAGGCUCACCUAAGUGUCCCUGGAGCAUUGCCCUGCAAACUGACCCUAAAGGCCUUGGGGGACAGCCCCUGCCCAGCCUGUCUAUUUAAGGAUAGCAAAGUACAGCAGGGGUCUGAGGUGGCCAGAAGAAGCCAGAAUCCCCUGCCCAAGUCUGGACCUUCUCCUCCCCUCCCGAUCUGCCCACGUGAUUCCAGCCAGAGCUGAUGUUUCUACAUGAAAGAAGGACGACUUCACAGGGCACAGCCCCUACGAUGGGUCUGAUCAUUUGGAAGGGGACACAGUAUCCCCUCUGGCCAGGGGGAUGUCAGAGAAGGAAGAGUGGGCUUUUUUUUUUUUAAAGGUGCUUGCUUGUUUAAUGUAAAUAAUAGAAAGCCUUAAUAUCUUUUCUGUAACACGGAGUGAUAUUUUAAUGUCAUGUUUUGGAUGUACAUAAUAUAUUUAUAACAAAGCAGCAAGAGUCUACUUAA